AUGAACACACCAACUCAAUCCUCCCUCAACCAAAAACCACCCGCUCCACACUCAUCAAACCCUCCCUCCAAACCCCCCUCUACCUCUCCACCCACAACCACACCUAAAACCACAUCCCUCACCACCCCAACCACCCUCCCCCCCCUCUCCCCGGGCAUCCUCCUCUUCAGCUCCCCCGACCCCCUCGUCCCCCUCGAACUACGCCUCGCCUCCCUCCCCUCCUGCCCCUGCACCGCUAUCGUAACCCCCAUCUCGCAAUCACUCUCCAAAUAUCCACUCACCCAUCCUCACAACACUAGUACCUGUAUACCUAACUCUCCUUUGUCUGCGCAUGCGUCGCAUAAGUCGUAUAUGGCGCAGAUAUCUUUACCCGGGUUGAUUGAUCAUUUGGCUGGAGAGGAACUUGUGAGGUGGAGGGAGAGGAAUUGGGGAGAGGGAUUGAAUGCGGGGGAUGCGAGGGUGGCGGGGAGUUUUGGGGUAGGUGGUGGGGAUGGGGGGAAUGGGAAAGGAGAUAAAAAUAAAGAUGAAGGAAGACCAAGAUAUAUAAUCCAUACCCACGCCCCGAAUUUUACGGAUAAAUCAUAUAGUACGCCGUUAGUCAAACAGCUGUUGGUUAACUGUUAUCAUGGGGCAUUGAUAGCGGCAAUGGGGAUUGCGGAGAGGGAAGAGAGGGAGAGGGAUGAAUUGGGGAGCGAGAGGGAGAAGGAGAAGGAGGAAGAGGAAGAGGGAGGUGCUGAAUCUGAGAGCAUAGGGGAAGUUGAAGCUGAAGGUGAAGUGGGAUUGGGAUUGGGAUUUGGAUCGGAUGUAGUGAUGGAAGAUGUGGAAGAUGUGGAUGGGGUCGGUGAUGUGAUAAUGACGGGUAUGGAUGGAGUGGGUGAGGUAGGUGGGAUAGGUGGGAUAGGCAGUGUAGGAAACCUUCGAAAUAUCGGCGGCGUCAGCAAAUCCGGUAGUUUCAGCAGUCCAGCCAGCCUAGGCAGUCCUUCUCUCCCCGCUCUCCCAUCCCUCCCAUCCCUCCCACCUCUUUCUUCUCCCUCUCUCCCACCCCCCACUACACCCCCCUCCCCCAACCCCGCCAUAACCCUCGCUCUCCCCUCCCUCUCCACAGGCCGCAAAUCCUUCCCCCCGCGCCUCGCCGCCCGCAUCGCCGUAAGCACAGUGCGCAAUUUCCUGCGUCAUCCAAUAUUCGGUGCUCGGCGUCGCAAAUAUAUUAAGAGGGUUGUGUUUUGUGUGUGGCCGAUUGAUAGCCCGAAUCGGAAGGCGUUGCAGGUUGCGCUUGGGAGGGGGUUUCCUCCGCGUAAGGUGGUGGAUGGGGUUGGGUCUGGAUCUGGGACUGGGACUGGGGUGUGGUUGGUGGGGGAUGUGGUGGAGAGGGAGGGGGAGAAGGAUAGAGAUGGGAAUGGGGAGGGGGUGAAAGAAGAUGGGGAGGGAGAUAAAGAUAAAGGAGGAGAUGAAAAGAGCGAUGUGGAAGGGAACGGAGAGAUCGUUGACUCCAUACCAGGAACUGUAAUCACACCACCAAGAACAGAACAUCCGUCUGAAAUUAUUCCCAUUUCGCCUGUACCAGAGAUCAUGGAGUCGGAAGAAAUAAAUAUUGAUAUCCAAAAAGCGGAUAACGAUAUAUCAAAAACAGAGGUUACAGAGGUUACAAAAGAUCAUAAUCACAACAAGGUAACCGAAAAAUCUACCCAUAUCACAACUGGGGUAGUUAAAGGGAAAGUAGUGAAAGAGAAAGGAAAGAAAGAGAAAGUAAGGAAGGAAAGUUAUAGACAGAUGAAGAGGAAACAGGGGUUGAGGUUGGCGGCUGCUAAUCGGGCGAGGAGGGAGAAGAGGGAGGGAAAGGGAAAGGGAAAGGGGUGUGGAGAUGGAGAUGGAGAUGGAGAUGGUGUGGCAUGA